CUUCCUCUCUCUUUAACAUACUCUCAAUUUCUCUCCUCUUUCAGUCUAUAAUUUCCUUUUUCUUUUUUGACCCUAACUUUCGUUCUUCUCCGGAGCUCCAUUUAAUCAGAGGCUGUAUUUCAUCACUAAGACAGAGAUUGCAAUUUUUUUUUCCCUAUGGAACGACCAAGUGCAUCCCAGAGGGUGAAAAAAAGAGCAUUGGAGGAAGAUGAUGGUAUUGUAGGGAGGAAAUAUAAAUUUAAAAUUCUAUUACCAAAUGGGGCUAGUGUAGAAUUAAUUCUAUGGGACCCCAUCCUCCGAAUGCCCUUGCAAGACUUCGUUAAGUUGGUGAAAGGUGAAUAUUUUCGGGCUUGGCAAGAAUCAGUGAGUCAGAAAAGAACAAUAAAUUGGAAAAAUGAAGGGCUGUACCUUGAAGAUGCCUACGAGAAUAAGAUAAGAAAUAUAAUGGACUUUGGGAAGUUCAAGCCACAUAGGUACCAUAUUUUACGGCUAAAUGAUGGGUCCAGUGAGAUUUCCAAUACUUUUGAGGGCAUGUGGGAUUUGACGCCAGAUACUGAUCUAUUAAUGGAGUUGCCAGAAGAAUACACUUUUGAAACAGCUCUUGCAGAUUUGAUUGAUAAUUCUUUGCAAGCCAUAUGGACCAACCGUGAAAAUGAUAGGAGAUUAAUUAGUGUGCAUAUUGCGGAGGAUAGGAUAUCAAUUUUUGACACUGGCCCAGGAAUGGAUAGUAGUGAAGAAAACUCUAUUGCUAAGUGGGGGAAGAUGGGUGCUUCACUUAACAGGACUUCUAAAGAACAUGGUGUAGGAGGCAAACCUCCAUACUUGAAGCCUUUUUUUGGCAUGUUUGGAUAUGGAGGACCUAUUGCAUCUAUGCAUCUAGGAAGGCGUGCUCUAGUUUCUUCAAAGACAAAAGUAUCUAAUAAAGUCUUUACAUUGCAUCUUGAGAGAGAAGCUCUACUCAAGUGCUCAGAUUCUGAACUUACUUGGCGGACUAAUGGUGGCAUUAGGGUUCCUUCAGAAGAUGAAAGCACAGAAUCACCUCAUGGAAGUUUUACAAAGUGGCGAGAAGUACAAAGACGGGGAAGACCACCAACACAAUUGAGUUCCAGGUUUAACUUGUUAUUGUAUUUACGUGCUGAACUUCUUCUUAAUACAAGUGAUGGUUCAUGGACAUCUCAAGAAGCAAAUGCACGCUUAAAAUGUGUUUAUUUUCCAGUACGGAGGGGGGAGAGAGCAUUGAAAGAAUUAUAG